AUGGUUCAAUUUAUUUUCUAUCUAUUUCUAUUCAACCUUAUUUCCUGUUUUGAAUAUUUUGAUAAUAUCAAUACACCAACAACACCAACAAUUAUGGUUCGCUUGAUGUUUGAAGAAAACUUCCAAGUUAUCAAAAACUGGACAAUUUCAAAUGAUUAUAGGGAAUUUGGAAUUGAAAAUGGAAAAACUAUGUGCUAUGCGAAUAAAGAUACAGUUUCAAUUUCAUGUUUCUGUAGUUCGCAGAAAGGAGAAAAAUAUUGUAGUCCAUUUUUUGUUUUGGUAGGAUUUUUGGAAAAAUCAAAAAAAUUAUAAAGCUGUUUAAUUUUUUCAGAAUGCCAUCCACGAAUGGGAAAAUCCUGAUUUUCGAAUUGAUCAACUUGAUCAAUCUAACUUCGUUGAUAGAGAUUUUGAAAACAGUAUCCAAAAGACAGUUAUCAACUCGAUGAAGUCUGUGAUUCACACUUUUCGCACCUACAAAUGUUUCGAAACUGACAAUCAUUACACCGACAGAAAUGCUCCAUGUCGUGUAAAACUAAAUUAUUUUGAUAGUUGCGAACACGAAAAACAGAACAACUUACCAUCAACACGGUUAAUCAAUAGUAACAGUUCUAUUCGAUUUCCUCGUUUCGAGUUACUUGAAAAAGGGUCAAUUUUUAUGUAUUUGCAUCAUCCGUUACAAGAUCGAAACAACAUAAAAACGGAUUCAUAUAUAUUUCCGUUUCCAGGAAUUCUAGUGAGUGUUUCAUCAUCUUAUUGAAAAUUCAGAAUUUUUUUAUAUUUUUAGACACACCUUCAAUUCGAUUUCACCGUCUAUCCCGAAUCUUUUGAGUGUUACUAUGACGAAAACCAUAAAAAACCUUGCAAUAGAUCAGAUCUCAUGUCGAGAUAUAAUUGUGCUUUAUACGCACAUCGAACAAAAAAUAGGAGAGAUUGGGAAGCUAGAAGAACGUAUAAUCGAAAAAAUGAACCAAAUUAUAUCGAUAUACCAAACUGGUCGCCGGAUUUCAAAGUAGAAGAUUUAUAUGGACUUUUUGUAUUCUUGGUGAUGUUCGUGAUUCCUGCAAUUGUAUUGGUUGUAAUCAAUUUCCGUUCAGGUAGGUUUGGGAAAAAAUGUUGUGAAAAAUUUCGAAAAUUACAUUUAUGCCUGAAGUUUUCUGAAAAAAAUUGAAAUUUCCAGUUCCAAUUGAUCAUACUCCUUUGGAUCCAUCCAAAUUUGCAAAAGAUUCAAAAAUCCGAAACCGGAUCCGACAAUUUGAGGAAUCUGUGAAGACUAAGAAAAGUUCAUAA